AUGUCCCCAGCCAGUUUCCAUGGCAACGCUCCGGGCCGCACCACGGCAGCCGCCGAGGGACAAUCCUGCCGCGUCCGCAGCCUUCGGGGCUUUGCCCACAAGGCCCGCCCCCACCCCCCCACCCCGGUCCCGCCUUCCUCUCGCGUCUCCCGGGCAACGCGCGGUGUUCAGCGCCUCGCGUCUGCACAGAGGUUCCCUCCGCGUCUACGCCCCUCACAGAUCUUGGUUAUCGACCGGGCUCCCGUUCCCGAGUCGCUCUCUAAGGUGGAAGGAGAGAAUCCUGCAGUUAGCCAGCAGCCCAGGCCCUCCGUCACAUGGAACCUAGGCUCGCCCAUUGCUUGUGCGGUAGCCCCCCAGGCGACCACCAGUUCUGGCACCAGUCCGGCCUCGGCCUUCUUCCGGCAGAGCCGGAAGGCUCGGCAGCCGCCCCGACAGAUCUGCUUCCUGCGGCCGCGGACCGCUCAGUCGCCGGUGCUCUUCAGCUUAAUGAAUUCCAGUGAAGCAGCAGUGAAAAAAUUUUUGCCCAAGAGCCGCUUUUCUCGGGUGAUUAUUCGUGACAACCUCAGUGCACAACGAAUCUAUGAGAUGGAGGUAAAAGCCUCAGAGAAGACCAAGAACAAGAUAGGCCACUUGUAUGACCACCUGAAAAAAAAAUUCAUGACAGACCAGCUCAGAAAGCUGGGGCACUGGCGACGGGAAUCCAUGAACGUCCGGCAGUACCUGGAUAGCAUCCGAGUGUACAAGGAGCCUAACAAGAAAGACCAACCACCCUAGUCAAGGCAGAGCGAUCUGCCCUGGGGCCAUGACGACACUAGGCUGACGGGAGAAGAGCUGGAAGGGAGCCA